AAUGCACAAGGGGAGAGGUGCAUUGUGGUCCAGGGUCGCUGGUUCACCCCAAGUGGCUUUGAGGAGUUUGGGGGGACGAAGAGCAGAAAGAACUGGAAGUACAGUAUCCGCUGUAGAGACACCACUCUGGGAGAACUGAUCCAGGGAGGUCAUUUAACUUCACCAGACAUUAUUAAAAGAAGAACGAGUGCACAGGAUCACCACCCUGGUUCCUCAUCCACUGUUCGGAGGUCCCUACAAAUGAAUAGAACGGUAACACAUCAUUGCAAUUCAGCUUCUGCCAAGAGAGCACUGUUUCCCUUCAACCAAUCAGCGGGCUCAAUCACAGAAUCUGAGGAGGAUGAUGAGGAGGAAGAAGAAGCUGAGCAGGAAAGAGAGGAAGGAGAGAGAAGAGAUCAGGCAAACACUGCUGGAGAGAGCAGUACAGGAGGCAGCCAUUGUGGUGUGAAGAAGUCUGUCUUCAAUGUCACCUGUGGAGCCAUCAAUGGAAUGCUACAUAAGGAUCGGUUUGCAUCAGGGUCGUGUGGAAAGAGCAUCCGUACGGAGCAGCGCUGGAUGACCCCGGUGGAGGUUUUGACGGGGGGGUCAAAUCUGGAAGAUCCCUCCUGGAAGAAAGACAUCCAGUGGGACGGGAAACCACUCAGCCUCCUCAUCAAGAGUAAGAUCUUGGUCAUCCACUCUCUCCUGUGUAAGUGCAAGCUGUGCAGCUCCACGGCCAAAGACAGGCAUGAUCAGGAUAACGAUGAUGACUGCUUCGUCUGUAGAAGCCAGGGCAGCUUGAUAUGCUGUGAUGAGUGUCCUCGCUCCUUCCAUCAGAGAUGUCAUCUUCCUAAUGUGGAUGAUGCUAUCCUAUGGGAUGAUUGUCCGUGGAUGUGUACAUUCUGUGUACUGAGGGCCAGUCAGUCGUGGCGCUACCCCAAACAAAUGACCUACCAGGAAGCUUUGACCUGCCGAAUCUCAGACCACCAACUGGAAUGCCAGUACCUCCUGCUGUGUCUGUACAAUGCGGACGAGGAACACAUCGUUGUGGCAGAUCCUUGCAUCAAUGUGAGAAACUACACCAGUGUGAUAAAGACCCCUAUAUGGCUGGACAGGGUUGUGGAGAAGCUGCAGCAGAAUCUCUACCUGUCGGUGCAACACUUUGUGUCUGAUGUGUUGCUUAUCUUCACCAACUGUGCCACAUUUAACAGGGACAAUGCAGAGUUCCGUGGGAUGGGUGAAAGAUUGAAGGAUCUAUUUGAGAGAGAGUUCGAGAGUACAUUCAGCAUCCAACUUCAGCAUCCAACUGCAUCCAACAGCCAGUAGAGCCUUCAUCAAGUCUGUACUGUUAUCUCACUAUGAGACAACAGGGAAUAUUCACCAUGCAAUGGUCUUUCUAUACAGCCUUCAUACAGACUUGCAUGUACAUUAUUAUCCAUCUAGUCCUUUCAUGAAUUUCUUUCAUGAAUUUCUUUCAUUCGUUCUGGCAGUCAAAAUGGGUGUGUGAUGAUAAUUGAAAUAGAAUGAUGGUGAUAACAUUGCAUUUCACACAGUAAAUGUUGCUUUGCUAACUUCUCAUACAAGAGCCUUAGAGUUCCUCACCUUCCAGGUUCUUACUUUUGAUUAGGCCUCACUAGAUUCAUGUCCAGGGCUUCUAGCGAAAAUAAACUCAUGCAUUUCUAAAACAUUGUACAACAUAAUACUUGUUUGACUGUGUAGGCUACCAGAAUGUGGUUCUGUUGAGGAGAAUAUCACCAGACAGAGCAGCAGCGCCCUCUUCAGGGCAGUUAGGUGAGCGAGGGCUUUGGGUCUCUGCCCUCAUGCAGGACCUGCAUACGCUGCUAAUGUAACAGUUGUUAAAGUACUGUGUGAAUUUCACCAGGUUCAUAUAUUAAUAUGACAUGUUGAUUUGUUAUUAUGCAUGCCUGCAUCCUGGGAGUAGGGGAGUGUGUACUUACAUUUUGCCCUGCUCAAUUCAUUUUGAUGCGCUAUGAGAGGUAGGCACGUUUUUUCUGUCGUCUUCAGAAAAAUGUGAUUAUUUUAAGCACAAAGUCAUACACACAGUGUUUUGUUCAUGAAUAAUGUUGUAUAUUUAGAUGUUACUCAUAAGUUGAUGGUUUUGUUAAGAUGCACCUGUAACAACCUUUUAGGAUGAUAUUAUCAUUCUGAAUUCAACAUAUGGUUCAUAGCUAGCUAAGGUAUUAGCAGGCUAUUGUAUGUGUGAACGAUGGCGAGCUCCUCGAAUGAUCCCAGUCCCUUGUGUUGUGCAUCUGUUGUAGAAAGAGGCGACGAUUCGCUGAACAAAUGUGCUCUACAAAUGUUUUAUUUCCUUUUGGAUGCAGGUAUGCGGUUUUAUCUAUGUAAAAUAUAUGUUAUGUGUGGAUGCAUAAUAAGGAGAGGCUGUACUAAUUUUUGUAUUCUAAAAUCAUUUUGAUGCGCGAUGAGAGAAAGAGGCGACGAUUCUCAGAACGUAUGUGGCUCUACAAAUGUUUUAUUUUCUUUUGGAUCCAGAUGCAGGAUG